AUGGAACAGGGAAGAUUGGGUCUCGGAGAAUUGAAGAAUCGGGUGAAGGCUCGAGAUGUUGAAUUAGAUCUUUUGAAUUCUUUCAUUACCAAGGAUCCAGCGUCUCUGAUUCCCUCUUUGGUGGUGAGUGGUUAUAAGGCAGUUGGUAAAACAUACACCAUUCAGAGCUAUUUAGAGGCCAUGGGGAUCAACAAUACCAUUGUCAGGUGUGAUGAAUGUAUCACUCAAAAGCUUUUACUUCAAAGAUGCCUUAAAAAAAUCAAGAAAGAUAGUGGAGUUGACUUGACCAAGUACCAACAACAAUUCAAUUAUAAGGGUCAAGAGGUAUCAAAUAUUGAUUUGUUAUGUGAAAACUUUGCAAGUUUCGUUGUGGCGUUGGAGCAAUUCGUUGAGGAGUCAAACUAUAAGGAGAAUCAUGUUUUGGUGUUGGAUAGAUUUGACCAAUGCAUCGACUCCACUAGUAAUCUAUUUCCUGCUUUUCUUCGGCUACAUGAAUAUUCCAAGAUUAAUAACAUUAGUAUUGUAUUCAUAGUGUCACACGACGAUCCAAAAGAAGUGGUGACGUUUUCUAUACCCCAUAUUUUCUUCGAUGCAUAUUCAGAAGAACAGGUUGUUGAAAUAUUACAAUCGAAUCAGUUUUGCUUUUUUGGAGAUGAAAGGUUCGACGACAAAGUCGAACAUGAUUUUUGGAUAAAAUACACCAAGCUUAUUGUUGAUAUCUUUUUCUCUUAUACCGGUUCCGACAUGAACUUUUUGAUUGAUAUAUGUGAUAAGCUUUGGAACAGUUUUAUAAAUCCAGUAAUACUGGGUAAGUAUAAACCGAAUGAGUUCAUAAAAAUAUACCAAGAGGACAAAGGUUUGUUCGACAACGAUAAUAUAAUUAACAACUCUUCCAUUCAAGAAUUCUCAUCAGCAAAAGAGGAGGAAGAAAAUAAUUCUAUCAUUGUUAAAGAUUUACCUUAUCAUUCCAAGUUUAUUCUCAUCGCUUCUUACUUGGCUUCUUUUGUUGAGCCAAAGAAUGAUCUACAUUUCUUCUCCAAAAUGAAUUCAUUGAAAGUGAAGACUCGUAAGAAUAGCAAAAAAAAUUUGUUAUCCAAAAGUGAUAUUGAUAAUAGAUUACUUUCACCUAAUUAUUUCGAUUUAGAGAGAUUGAGAGCUAUUCUAUCCGUCAUAUACAGAAAUGAAGCGGAUCCUUUGAGUAGGUCAAACCUGAACUUUUAUCACUUAUACCAAGAUUUGUCUGAAAGAGAGCAGGCUAGAAAAGAUCAUGAAUUCUCUACUUUCAGUUUGAAUACGACUAUUGACUUGAACAGUCAAAUUGCUACAUUGGCUUCCCUUGGGCUUAUCACUCGAACUUACGCACUUGAUAUCUUGAGUUCCAAAAUUAGAUGGAAAUGUAAUAUAAGUUGGUCUACAGUAGAGGCAAUCUCCAAAGAUAUUAACUUUCCCUUGCUGAAUUAUCUUGCAGAAUAA